AUGCUCUGGCUUACGUGGCUCCUGCAGGUCCCACUGCUGGCUGCAGCGGAUACGACCCCGAAUCCACAUAUACCGAAACCGGCCGACUUCUGCAAGGCGCCUUACAACCAGACGCACGUCAUGUGCGCAAAACCGUACGACACGUGUACCACCUUCUUCGCCAACACGUCGUUCAUGAAGGAGUCCAUCCUGUGGGUGCACAACCACUACCGGAGCCACCUGGCGCUGGGUCGGCUGUCCGACUUCCCGUCGGCCGGCAACAUGCUCAUGAUGCAGUGGAACGAAGAGCUGUCCAGAGUGGCCGAGGCCAUGGGACGACUCUGCACGGGCCAGACGGGCGUCGUACGCCCGUCGACCCAAAUCCAGUACUCGACGGCCGAGUUCCCCGUGGUGGGUUGCAACAUUCAGGCUCAGUGGACUAACCAGAUGACGAUGCCCAUCAUCUGGCGUUUCGUGGUGCGCGACUGGUUCGACCAGAACCUCGAGUUCCCGAAAGAACAAAUCCGCGUCUUCAACGCCCCGGUGCACACCGAUGAAUUCAGUCAGCUCGUGGCGGCCGACGUCUACGCACUCGGCUGCAGCUACACGCGCAACAUCGUGCCGAACGUGAGGAAGUCGACGAAGAACGCGUUCAUCUACGUCUGCCUCUACGGGCCCAAGGGUUACGAGAAGGGCAAGCCGCUCUACCACCCGGCUCCCACCUGCUCGACGUGUCCGGAUGACACGGUGUGCAACGUUACCCUUGGGCUCUGCGUGCUGCAAAAGAACAAGCCGGGCGCCGCCAGGCCACUACCGCCCGAGGAACCGAAGAGCGACCGGACCGAAGACCCCGUCGACCAGGCAGAACCCGUCGAGGACUCCGCCCCGGAGGCAGUCGCCGUCGCCGUGGCGUCCCCGCUGGCAGCGGCCGUGAUGGCUGUGUACAUGUGGCGCCACGGCGCGGCCUGA